GUGAAUCCACCAAUGUAGGCGGUCGUGCGGUGCGAAAUCAGUGGCUGCACUGUCUCUCGGCCUAAAGCUAAAUCCAGUCCCCCAAAAACCAUUUAUGCUUGUGUAUAAAUACCUCCGAAGCCCAAACGUAGGAGGAGUGAGAGGAGACGUACAAGGGCGCCUAAUCGCAGGAAUCUUCAACCAUGGCGUCUUCUCUGCCGAAACAGCCUCUGCUAUUGUUUAUCUCCUCCUUGUUCCUGCUGCUCCUUUUCUCUCCUCUUGCGCUCGGGUCCCCUAGAGGAGGCGGCGGUGGCCGACCUGCUCGGCUUACAUACCAUGGAGGACCUCUCCUCACCGGGAAUAUCAAAUUAGGGCUGGUGUGGUACGGACCUACCGGUCGCAUCCAGAAGAGCGUGAUCCGGAGCUUCAUCAAGUCCCUCAACUACAGGGGCCCCCGCGGGGCCUACAUUGAGCCUCAGGUGUCCGCCUGGUGGCGCGUCGUUGAGAGCUACCAGCCAAGGAGGAGGGGCAUGGUGCCUCCCAUUGGGGUAAGGGUGGUGCGCCAGGUCACCGACAAGUUCUACUCCGUCGGCAAGGUGUUGACCGUGGACUUCAUCCCCGGUCUCGUCCAAAAGGCAACGGGCGGGGACAAGAGCAUCAUCCCCGUCAUUUUUGCCGCCAGAGGCGUCACCGUUCAAGGCCUUUGCAUGGGCAAGUGCUCCCUACACGGACUCAGCGGGGGGCAGCCAUACAUUGUGGUAGGUGACCCUGAAACUGAGUGCCCGGGGACGUGCGCAUGGCCAUUCUACCCAUCCGACUACGGGCCGAAAGGUGUGACAUUGCGGCCGCCGAGCGGGAAUGUGGGCGCCGACGCCAUGGUCAUAUCCUUUGCCUCGGCAUUAGCAGGAAUCGUCACCGAUCCUUAUAACAACGGUUUCUACGGAGGUUCCAUAUUUGACCCGACCGAAGCCGGGACGGCAUGCCCUAACGUAUUCGGAAGCGGAGCCUUCCCCGGUUACACCGGCAAGGUCCGGGUCGACCCCGCUACCGGCGGUGCUUUCAAUGUUCGUGGGGCCCGUGGCAAGAAGUUCUUGCUUCCCGCGGUUUAUAAUCCCUUAACUUCCUCAUGCUGGACACCCUUGUAAAUUCAUCACAGGGAGACGAGAGGGCUAUCCAAAGUUAUCAUCUUGUUGCAAUCUAUCAACAAAAUUAAAUGAUGUCCAAGUUUUGACCCAA